AUGGGGGAUUCCAACAAUGUCAAGCAAGUGGGGUGUCCGGUUCUUCUCUCUGUUCUGGGUAACGGCCUGGUCCUGCUGAUCUCCUACCGGCGGAGGAAGAAGAUUAUAGGCUCUGAGUUGCUGUGUGUCAACCUGGCCGUGGUGGACUUCCUCUGCUGCAUCUGUUUCUACCCGCUCUCCAUCCUGUCGUCCUUUAAUCACGCCUGGCUCGGGAGCAACAUCACCUGCGUCUACUACGGCCUGGGCUGCUACAUCUUCGGCCUGUGCGGCAUGUUCACCAUCGCCGCCAUCAGCGUCAUCCGCUACUUGAAAACCUGCUACAGCCUGGUCUAUGCUGUGUGGUUGGAGGGAUCAAACAUCUGGCUGCUGUGCUGCGCAACUUGGCUCAUAGCUACGGUGUGGUCCAGCUUUCCUCUGUUUGGCUGGGGGGAGUACGUCCCCGAGCCCUAUGGCCUGUCCUGCACCAUAGCCUGGAGGGGCUAUCACACCUCAGUCAAGGAUGCUAUCUAUGUCAUCUGCUCCUUUGCCUUCUUCACGCUGGUUCCCAUUCUCCUCAUUGUGGUGUCCCAGUGCCAGAUCCUCUACAAAGUAUACCGUUUCUCCUAUUCUCUGUCGGCUCGAGGCAUCCGCAACAACCUGCGUCAUGCUGAGAAGCGCCUGUCCAUGAUGUUUUUUUGCAUCAGCCUAGGCUUUGUGAUUGCCUGGGCUCCCUAUGCUGUGGUCUCUUUCCUCUUCAUCUUCCACAAGGACAACUGGAACAUGGCUCCCGAGGGCUUCGUUUUCCCCGCUCUCUUUGCUAAGAGCUCCCACAUCUACAACCCCUUCAUCUACUUCUACUUCAACAAAGCUUUCCAGCAGGAGCUGCGCUGCCUCCUUCGCACUCUUUGCCCCGGACUGAUGGGGAACCGAGUCGGUGUACGCUCUGCUUCGGGCCACCAAGCUCCCCACCCCAUCCAUAUUCAGCUGCAGGAACAGGGCCGGGUCCAGAAAGGAAGUCUCUCCUUGUCCCAGACGAAAGGCCAGGGCAGGAGCAAACACACGGGAAGCCACCACCUCCACAGCCGUGUGGUUUACCACUGCUGGGAGUCCAGGCCGAAGGUGUCCCCAUCCACCACCAACAACCGCCCUAUUAAAGAGUUCCUGCCCAUCUCGACCUGA